AUGACGAACUCUGCGAUUUUUGUCGUGCUCAUUUGUACCUUGAUGUCCUCUCUGAUUGAGGCUAAUUCCAACUACGAUGGUAAAUUUGAGUCCUGUUACAAUUUUAACUACAUGACCGUAGAGUGCAAGCUUUGGAAUGCGUCUGCCGUGGUGAGAAUCGUGAAGGGGCCAUCUCAGCAUUUCACUCUGCUGUUCAACACCGAAGAUCAUCCCCAGGAACUCAGGAAGUUGAAUUUAACGGAAGGGGCAUACAGCAAUUUCCUACCUAUAAUCCAGGUCGUAAUGACUGAUGUCAACAUGGACGGGGCAUCGGGUCCUUUCAUCAAUCAGAGACACCUUCAAUACGUACAGCUCUUCAACAACAGUCUUCAAGAAUUUCCUCGAGACUUCUUCAGAGGUAUUCCGAAUCUGAGACAGCUUGAAAUAUACUACCAAAACUUCUCGACAUUAUCCAACCAUCAUUUAUCCGAGAUCUCGGAAAAUUUGGAAUUUCUGUCGUUGACGCGAAGUUCUGUGAAGAAUAUCGAAGCUGAGGCUUUUUCAAAGUUCCAUCAACUGACCUAUCUGAACUUGUCGUAUAAUUCGUUGACGGAGCUAAAACCUUGCAUGUUCAAUGGCCUCGACUCUUUGGUGAAUCUUCAUUUACAGGGAAAUAAAAUAACCACCAUACGACCUGGAACUUUUGUAACCGUAUUAAAUCUCAGUGCAUUGUCUUUGGACGGGAAUCCAUUGGAUUCUCUACCCCAAAAAAUUUUCACAUAUCUGGAGAAUUUAGAAUUUGUGACGUUUUCUGGCAAUCAGAAUGAAAAUACGUGCAAGGCUCUUCUCAAGGGACUCAAUCGCCUGACGUAUGGAUUUUGUGGAAGUAUAGCUAUCACGGGACCUUAUAAAGAAGUGGCAUGUGAUUGUAGAUGUUGA